AAAGAACAGGUUUUCGUUCUUAAACCGUUCUUAGUCGAGUGAGAUUCGUAAGUCGAUUCACUACACACACCAACAAUUCUUCUACCUUACCUUGCACAGCCUUCAGUGCAAUAGCUAAGCUCUAGUAGUGGAUAUCGGCCAGUGUUUUAACAGUUUCUAAAGGAUGACUUAGAGGUGUUGAAAGUGCGAAUAUCUUGAAGCCGUCGCGUGAAACUUUAGUGAAAAUUUUUUCAACUUCUUCGUCUUUGUUUUUCCCACCGAGUCUAAGAUGCCUUGUUCUGCUGUCACGUUGAGUUUGGCGACUAUCACAUCUAUUAUAGCGACUGCUCUAUUGGCUAUUGCGUUUUCUACGGACAAUUGGCUUUACAUUGAGGUUAAACGCACCAAUAUUUUGAACACAUUAGGAAAACAUUCAGAUGCUCAAAGUCAAGCAUUAUUAGAGAGUGUUAAUUCCAAAUAUUACUACUACACUAGAACGAAAGGACUCUUCAGGAUAUGUUACCCAAAAGAGAGGCCUCCUACAGUGAAAACCUAUCUGAGUCCGGUAGAAACGUACUGCAAUAAUAUUAAUUAUUAUAUUCCUCAUGAACAAAAUGAGACCAGAGAUUUCACAGAUGAUGCAUGGACUCGACUGCAUAUGGGACGUUCUAUGAUAGCUCUUUUUAUAGUUGCCUUCAUCUCCAUCUUUGCAGCAUUCUGUACAGGUGUUACAGGAUGUUGGAGAAGAUCUCCUGGCAACAUCACAGCAACAGCAAUCUUGAUGCUCUUAGCAUGCCUUCUGAGUGCUGGAGCUAUGGGACUUUGGCAUGGAGUGGAGUAUUUUGAGAAAGAAAAAGUCGUAGGAGAGGAGUUUUAUCAACAAUGGAGUAAUGUCCUACGGGAUAACGCCAGAGUCAACUACGACUGGAGCUACAUGCUUGCAUGGGUCGGAGUCGGUUGGUCUUUGGUGGCAGCCGUCUUGUUUUCGGGCGCUGCCAUGUGUCUUAGAGGCGAGAGAGAGCGAGAGGAGGCUAUCAACAUGCAGUAUCUAAUGCCUGUUUAUCCUCAGAAACAGCAAUACGCCUACGCUGGAUACCCUGUACCUCAAGCUCAGUACGCUGGACCUUACUACACUACUAGCUCAGCAUAUGGUCCUUAUAACUACUGAGCCAAUGAUGAAAUCUCUAUUUCCUACCAAAUUUGAACAAUGUGCCAUAAGCCAAACUGUGUAUGAAAAAAAAGAAUGUAUUUCUAACAUUUUAUUCUUUAUAUUUUUUUUUCGUUAUAGUUAAAUUGAAAGAACAUUUUUACUGAAAUAAUAAUUCUUUUGAAGAAAGAAGUUUGGCUUCAUGGCAGAAAACAUUAUUUGUUCAAGUGUGCCAAGUGUUCAUUAGUGAAACAUAUUCUCCUUUCCUUGAGAAUAUAUCAAAUUGUUUCAUUCAUCUCACUCAUUCUUUGUUAUAUAAUAGAAUGAGUUUCCUUGGUUUUAUACAUCUCAAACGCAUCUUAAUUUAUAUUGAAAACAAACGACUUUGUUGAAUUAAUAUUAUCAUUCUCGUUUUUGUCGUUGUCAAUUACCCGAGUAGUUGUGUAUAUAUAACUAGAAUACAAAAAUUUCAGUAUGAUAAGUAUGACGUUAUUUGUUUUCAUUUUAUUUUGUAUGAAAUGAUUAAGUUUAAUCAACUUCACAUUAUAGUCUUCAAACAUUUUGUACCUAUAAUUAGUAAAUCGACUAUUUAAUUUUGUACUGAAUUAAGUAUUAGUGUAUUUGACAAAGCCCUCUAGUAUUCAUCAGGACUCUGAUGAUAUGCAAUACCCUUAUUCCGAGUGACCUUGGAAUAAAUUGGGAAUUAUUUCAGAAUUUUUCUGAAAGAGUUGCAAUAUGAUUUUUAACAAUAGGUAUGAACAUUCAGAGGUUAUCAUAUAAUGAUAUUUCUAAUUCAUUUGUACCAAUUUACAUAAUCAAUCAUUUGAAUAUAAGUAUAUAAUAUUAUUUUGUUAUAUAAUAUUUUUGUAAAUUAAGAAAAUGAAUAGAUUAUCUUAUAUCACA